GUUUCAUCCAGUUUUAUUCCCUCUGUUGUCACUACUUGUGCUUCACCAAUCAUUGUCCCAUCUGUUGUCACCAGUGUUGGUACGUCUUUGUCAACUACCACCAUUGUAACCAGUGCUAUGUUACCCGUUAUAAGUGUUGCUACGUGUAGGUCUAUUUCCACAAGUGUAAUCCCCUCUGUUUCUAGUACCAGUGUUGUGUCAUCAGCUCUGUCACCUAUUUCAAGUAUCUUACCGGUUACUUCAGGUAAAUGUUGUAAAAUUUGCUAUAAAUAUUAGGUUCAUGUUAUUGGAAUAUCAGCUGUUAUGAAAAAUGUGGUCAGUUUAUUUAUACAAUAGUAUCUAGUAGCGAUACACUGUGAAGUACAAGUACACAAUUUACGAGACAUUACUCAUUCUGAGCAUAAUUAAUAAAUGAGCAUUAUCUAAAGGGAUAAAUGUAAUGCGAGGCUGUUUCAGGUCUUGCAGUGCUUGCUGACCUGAAAGCAAGCAGCUUUCUUGCUCACCUCUAGGCCCAUUAAUUCUAGCUUUUAAGAAACUUUAAGACAUCCAUCAUUUUUUAUAUAAUUUAUAUUAAUUUUGUUUCUUUUUUUUUUAACAAAAAAAGUGAAAUUUAUCUUAUUACGAUGGACUACCAAAAUUGCACAGGCUCAUGCCGCUUUCUCCUGGAGCACAUUUUUUAAAUAUUAAGUCAGAUUAUCAAACUUAAUAGUCAGUAGUUAUUAUUUUAAAAAAAAUAUUAAAGAGAGACAGACAGAUUUGGCAAUAAAUUUGGGAUGUUAUAUUGACAUGUGUAGCUACAUCCAGUGCACGCAGCUGUCUUAUGAGUAGAAAACCACUGCCUUAGUGACCAUGUACUGAUUACACCUAGCAUUGCAAUCCUACCUGUGGAAGAAAAAGAUGGCCUCUGUUCGAAAAUCAUUUGUUAUAAUUCUGUACAUGUUAUAGUUUUGGUGUUUUACAAAAUGCAUAAUGUUAUAUUUUGAUCUCAUAUAGCAGUGAUGUCAGCUGACCCGUCUCGCGAAGAAGAUUGGGAAACAGGUACAUUUCUCUUUUGAUAUAUCCUUCCCCCACCCCCUGCCUCUGUUUAGACCCAAAAAUAUCUUUGAGAAAGGGGUAAACAGGCAGUAGAUUGAACCAAAUACAAGGAAUAUAUAAUAAUUAUAUGUUUGCUUUAUUUUCUCCUCGUAUUGAUUCACAUUUAUUGUCUUUUCAGUGGGAACAGUGAGUCGUAAUACCAGCCAAGUUGGUCUUCUUGACGAUGGAUUGUCCCUUAACAAUGGUACUAGGCAGAUAAUAAUAUUGUUCUUUGUAAUCUUUGAAUUUUGCAUGCAAUUUAAAAAAGGUUUUGACAUCAAAAUGUGUGCUUACUUCUGUGCUAUAGCUGUAAGAGUAUAACCUUCUUUUCUAUCUUUGUCAUGGAGACCAAGGGUCUUUUAAUGAGAUUUGAUACAUGCUGGAUCAUGAUCAAAGCAGUUACAAUGUACUGAGGUAUAUAUAGUCGACAUUUCACGUACUUGUGUGAAUUAGCAGAUCAAAUGUUCGCCACUAAACCUGGCACAAAAAUCUGUAAAGGUCACUUUUAGAAUGUUGGGAAUCUGUAACAAAUUGACCUUAAGUUAAUCUUUGCAUUUUGCAGCAAUUACAGAAUUAGAACGAACGGGGGAACAGAUGAUAUGUGAGAGAACCCUUAGGCAACAGAACAUUGGGGGUUUGCCCGUGUUUUUGAAUCUGUCUUUCGAAGAGGUUUGUAAAUACUUAACAUCACUCGAUGGUGCUUGGUUGUUACUGAUUUAAGCAACAUAUAUUUUUUACCUAGAAAUAACAGAAUCCAAUAUUAUAAUCACAUUGUUUAAGAUAAAAUGGUAAUUUAAAUAAAAACAUGGACAAGAGAAAAAAAUGACCUCGACCUCGCCCUUCAAUUGACGACAAAUUAGUUGAGACACUUUUCUUUGUCCUAAAGCGCCUUCCUGGCAUUUUACCGACUUCAAAAGGAAAAAAAUAAAGCUUUCCCUUCCCUAUUCCCCCCCCCCCCCCCCCCACCCAUUCCCUUCCCUAUUCCCCCUUUCCCUGAGUGUGUUGUCUAAUGUUCCACUAUUAUUAUAGGGCAAAAAUUAAUGUCCCUUGAGGUGUGCAGAGAAGGCAAGGACUAGUUAAACUAUAUUAAUAUUAUUUUUUUUUUUUCAUUUUGCAAUCAUGUAGAUAUGCCAUCAAGCUUCCCAAGAUGGAAAGAUAAUUGUUUUAGUGAUAAUGUCACAUCAAGGAAAUGAUAGUCAUCUUGCAAGGUGAUUACAAACACUAAUUCUAUUUGAAAAUUUUAGUCUUUUUACAAACUAGAAUGUUGAGUGUAUCACUGCAUAAAGUUAAAACCCAUACCACGUAUAGAUAUAUAAAACAGAGGGCAUGACUGUUAUGGUGGGCAUCACUAGCUACUUAGAUGGUGUGAGCCGAAGCCCAUUUAUAGUAAUAGACGUAAAGUUUUGGUUACACUACAUUGAAUAAUAUCUAGCAAGUUCACUGUUUGAAUAAAAAAAAAUGGAUCCAUUUGGAAUGAUGAUGGCUCUGUCAUUCUAAGAAUUUCAACUUGAGAGUGGUUUUGAUUAAGAUACCUAACCUUCUACCAGCUACUCUGACCAGUUAUCCAACCUUAUGCAAGUACUGCAAAGUAUUUUUCUAAAUAAUUAAAAUUUACUAUAUUAUAAGUUAAACGAAUAACACCUUGCAGGAGCCACCUGUAACUGCUAGAGUAACUAUUCUUGCAUUGUUUAUUUGUUAUUGUUUAUUUACUCAUCCAUAAAGAGAAUUUAUAGUUCCUUAUUGUUAGUAAUCGCAAAUACAAAAUAUUUCAACAUGUGUAAAUAACAUCAAGGGUUUCUUGUUUUCCCAAAGGCUUCUGAAUGGCAUCUCCGAAGCUAGUGAUGUUUAUUUUUGGUUGGGGAUGGCAGAGUCAAUAAAUGGAAGACAAGGUGAUUAAUAUGCUUGUGAUCAAGUCGUCAAGAAAUUUAUGUCACAAUUUUGUGCCUCAGCAGUUUGUAUUACAUUAACUUUAUUGAUAUCUCUGUUUGCAAAUGUAUUUACCAGGUGAAAAAUAGAACAAAUAAUUCCUGAGAUUAUAAGUACAUAAAUCUAAGUUAAAUAAAACAUGUAAAACUGUACAUGCAUAUGUGUGGCCGCCAUUAUUAGUUAAAGAUAGAUGAUCGAAAGAGGGUUUUUUGUGUCUUAUCUAUCCGUGGCUUUGUCUAUAGUUUCUAUGCAUGAAAAAAAAAAUUUGAUUUUAUAUAUAAAUGGAAAAAAAAAAAAGAAUAAUAACAGAGAUUCUCAACAUGAUCAAAUGCUCACUUGGCCAUAGACUUGACUACUUCAUAAUUAUGUACUGUCAAGUGAUAGUUUAGUUUAUAGAUAAUUUGGAAGUUUAUCAGUAUAUAAUAUCUUUGAUGUGGACGAUUUUGUAUUUCUUUCCAGUGAAACAAAAAUUUGGGGACAACAAUAAAGACUCUGAGGUGUUUGUUGUUGCCCCCUCGACAGCACCUCUGAAUCCAGUUCUUGUGGAUCGCUUCUCAGGUGAGAUUAAAAAAAAAUUUCUCAACAAAAGAUUAUAUUUUGUACCCUGCACAAGGCAGAAUACAUUGGUAUUCUACUGUCUUGUCUUACUGAUCAAAAGCUUGCUCCUUCAUAAAAAUUUACAUUAUAAAGAAUGUAGGUAAAUAGUAAACUAGGCAAAAGGCAACCAGGUUACAUGCAUUAGCGCCUUGAUUAAUGUAAUAAACUACUACAGGAAUAUAAAUUAAUAUUGAAUUUUUCAACUGUUUUUUUUUCACAGACCAUGACUAGUUUAUAAUAUUUUCUGAAACUAAACAGCAUAAUUUACACGUCAUUUUAAUUUCUUCUUAACAAGGGAAUCCAGGAAAGAAAGGAUGAUAACGAUUGUAAGUCACUUUCCUUUAUGCAAUUACAGGGCAGUCCCUUCAAGAUGUAAGAGGGAUGAGAGAAGCGAUAGAGAGGGGAAAGGCAGCAUUGGGCUCACUAAGAUCCUAUCGGUUUGUUGUUGAUCAUUCUUAUUGUUGUUGUUGUUGUUUUUAUUAUUGUUAUUGUUAUUUUUAUCUGUGACAAUGUUAAAAGCUCAAGUUUACAAACAUACAUCAGUACAUCUCAUAAGAAGAUGCAACGGGUGGUACAGUCACUGGAGAAUUUUGAUUCCAUUUACAAUCCAGAGUCAAUGAUAUUUGUCAAGAGUAAUUUUUAUCUCAUCCUUAUGAUAGUGAUAAGGAAUAUCAGAGAAGAGACCUUCUCCUGCAACAGAAGAAGGAGCUGGAUGAAUCGUUGAGGAGGGACAAAGAGAAGAAGGUUAAUUUAAUGAAAUAGCUUCUUUUGAAAUUUUUACCACCUCUUAGUUCCAACCAGUGGAGCCUAGAGCAUGAAUACAUAUAGUAAUCAGUUCUUCAGCUAUAUAAUUGCACCUAUACUACUACACGAGAAAUUUCUGCAUUUUGAUUGGCUUAGAACAGUGAUACUUCACCUUAAUUUGAAAUACCUACAAACCUUUUGUGGAUAGUAGUAUAAACAAACAAUAGCAUGAUAUGUGAUAUUGGAAAUACAUGUAAAUGUCACUUGUGAUAUUUCAAAAUUGUCUCAAAUUUCACUCGCCUAACGGCUUGUGAAAUUGCGUAUAAAAUAUCACUUGCCGUUACCUAUAGAAACUAUUCUUAUGUUUACCUAUUGUUUUAUUUUUCCAAUUAAUUUUACUUUUAGAAUGAAAAGGAGAACAUUCAUGAGGUGAGUGAGUCAUUCAAUACAACCUGUUGUAUUUUUUUUGUUGACCUGCUUAAUACCAGAAAAUGGAUUCCCUGUGGAUAAAAUUAUUGAAAGGCUUAAUAUUUAAUAACUAUGCAUGGUGUGGUAAAUGUCUGCCAAACACUGAAACUAAUAGUUUUGGUAGAGGUUUCACUACCAUUUAACUAGAGUACUAUACAUUGAUGAAUCAUUUCUUUUUACUUGUUGUGGCAUCCCAGACAAACACAGUGUGAAGUGCCUUGAGUAAACAUUUGUUGUGCAAAGAAUUAAGGAAUUACAAAUAACCAUUUUCAUUGAAUAAAUUAAAUAGCUUGCCUAUGCUACAUUAGUUCAUACUCCCCAACACAAAUUAAUUGCAGAUAGCAGCUAGUACUGCAGCAUAGAACAUGCACAUGAACGGGCUGUUGAGGAGAUAAUAACAAAAAAUGUAAAGAAACAAACAAAACAAAUAAAAUACAAAAAGGGUCACUCUUACUUGUCUUUUUAUUACUUUUAGAAGGAAAAAGUGGAGACUUGUGAGGUAAGUCACUAUUUUUGAGGCAAUUUUAGAGAAUUUCCAUUAAUCACAAUGAGACAUUAAUUCAAUAAGACUAUCAAAUUCAGUUUAUGACUGUGUCGACCACAGUCAAUGUAUAUUAUCUUGACCAGAAGUUGAUUCCAUCAAUGAAAAGUUAGUUCGUACCAAUAACUGUUGAAUUAAAACAAAGAAACUGGGCUUGUUGUCUGCUGUCUAUCUAGUAACUAUCUUCAAAGAAAAAUCCUUUAGAUUUGCAAACCAAAAUGGAAAAAAAAUUCAACUCUGUUGUUAUCUUGAAAGCGAAGCUUUAGGACCUCAAAAUUGAUGAAAAAAAUGUUAUACAUUGUAGUAAUAUUUCAACUUUCUAUUUAUUUGCAGCAAGAAGAUGAUGAGACUAGAACUAGUGAGGUAAAGCAAUAUCUUGCAUACAAUAUACAAAGGUUGAAAAAUUCAAAUCAUUUUCAAUCACAGGCUUAAAAUCAAUCAUUUUGGAAUUGGUGCAGAAAAAUGCUCCUUCUUAAGGAUAAACUAGCAGCUGGGACUGACAAAGCUACAAUAGUGCCUGUGUGAGUCCCAGAUGCAGGGUUUUGAACCCAGCACUUUUCUUUUGUAAGAAAUUAACCUGACAAUAUUAACAUUGUUUGAUCCCCUUAGCCUGUCCCAGACAUUCAGGUAGUGGGAAGGGUGGGCAAAGUUGGGCAUGGACUAAACAUUGAUGAGGGAAAAAAUCCCCAGUCUCUCCUCCUUUUUGUUUCCCCUCAUGUUUCUUUUGCACUUGUUGCUUACAAUCUAACUUGUUCCCCACUAUCUAAACGUCUGGAACAGGUUAGAUCAUAUAAAUAACAUGAGAUUCUUUCUUUCGUUUUUUUUUAAGAUGGAAGAAGAUAUGAGUAAAGAGGUAAGUAUAAUAUUUGUAGAUUCCUUUUUAAAACUAGGAACUCAAUUUUUCAUUUAAGAAUCUAGAAUGGGCAUGGAAAGCUGUAUUUCAAAUAAAAGUGCGGACUAAUAAUAAUUUUUAGAAUAAUUAGCUAGGUAUUUUUAUUUCAGUGAGCUUGCCUGUAGAACUAUCUGCUCUCUUUAAAAAAAUGUUCUGUGAGUAGGAACUCUCUCAAAACCGCAAGAAUAUUAGAAUAUUAUACUCUUUUUUUCCUUUGCAGCGGGCUAUAAGAGAGGCAAGGCGCAAUAGAGUGUUGAACGAAGACAAAGCUGGUUGGCAUGUAAUUGUCAAAUUUGCAAAUGGUGAGCGCAUUAGCCGCUACAUUAGGAAGGAAUCAUGUUACCAGGUACAAGCUCUUGCUAAUUUGAAGUGUACAUAUGUAUCUCUGGGAAUAUUCAAACUUUUAAAAUAUAGAAAAUACAGGUACUGUUACAUGUUACUCUGCCUCCUGACAAAUCAAUCGGCCAUGUAUGUUGUAUGACGGUCAUUUCAACUUAAAAGAGAUGGAUUCUUUUAAUGGCCUUAAAAAAAACCUUCUAUUGAGAUAAAUUACUAAAAUACUUUUUUGCUUUUUUUUUUUAUAGGCAGUCUAUGACUGGGUUGGCUACCAGGAUGGCCGGCCCCUCUUUUUUACCCUGCAUGGAGGGGGAGGGGUGAAGAAGCUAGAGGAUCCUGUUGAAGGACACUGUUUACUCCACGUACAGGAGCGAGUGAGUAUAUUAAUAUUAAACAAUGAAUCGAGGCAAUCAUGAAUAGUGAAAUUACAAACCAAUUUUUCUGGGAAGGUUAACUAGGCUGGACAACACUCAACCCGUUUAACAAGUUACCCACUUAUGUAUGUAUUGCUUGAGAUACACGUAACAAUAAUCGUAGACAAAUAUCGUAAAAUUAAUAUCCCAAGGCAAUGAUAUUACAGAGGCAUAUCCUGCGUCACAAAUGUAAUCAAACCGUGGUGUGUAAUGCUGAUAAUUUGUUUAUCCUUCCUCCUUAUUUAUUUAAAAAGUUGUUUACCAGAAAUGCGUUGGAAAUUUCUCUUUGACCUGAAUGGCAAAUUGACAAUAGUUUUUUUUAAAGUUACUCACACCUAUUCAAAGAUACCCAAAUCCUGGUACACAGUAGUGGGCCAAGGAUAAGGGUUUUGGUGCUGUUUCACAGAUGGACUUGUUUUAAAAUAGAAGAUCCAGGCUAAUAGAUUAAUAGGCCCGUAAGGCUUUAAAAAUCCCACCCAGUGUAUCUAUACCAUCUACAGUACAUGGACAGUGUUCAGUACACAUAUCUACACAUGAAAAUAUUAUUCUUAUUAUUAUUGUUUUUUGCCUCAAUGGAGGACAUAAGCACCAUCAGAAAGUGAAGAUGCGGGUGACAUUAAAUGCUAGAGGGUAGCAAGAGAACAGUAAUAAUUUAAUCCAAGUAAAGUAUCAUUAAAUGAUCACCUGGUUCCUACAGAAAGAUAUAUUUCAGGUUUCUAACCCUUACACAAAAAUUAUGUAACAUCCAAAAGAACAGUCCAUGUCUUAACUGUAAGUGGUGUGAUUAUUAUCUUGUACAGGAAGAGGAAGAAAUGCUUUCAUUCCUUGAUUCUGAGGUAAUUAUUAUUGCUCUAAGGCCUAUGGAAUAUAGCACCACUGUACUCAAAAAAGUCUCUGAAUUAUCUUCCCCUAUGCCCAUUGACUGUUCCUUUGGACAAAAAAUGUAAUAUUUAAAUUAGUAAUAAUAGUUAUAGUAAUGUAAUAGUAAUAGCAAAUUUGAAAUUUAGCACCUUGCUUUUCAUGAUUACAACAGUAUCAUGAUAUAUUAGAAAGCCUUCUAGUAUUAGUCCAAUUUAUGUUUAGAUUAAGAAACAUCACAUAGAAUUACGCAGUGUGUACAGUGGGCUGAUCUUGCGUCCUUGUUUUGCACAGGUUUCCUUAAGAGGAUCAUUGCCAAAGGGCACUGAGGAUUUGUCCUCAACCUUACCCGGUAAGACUUCCAAAGAUAACGUUUGUAUACGUGAUAUGAAGUGGUGACGUGGAAAUUAAUGAAUUCUUCAAGUCCCAUGCAUAAAAUGACUCGAACAGACUCCGUGAUAAAUUACAAAGUUACAAAGUUCUUAGUGAUCCAGCUCAGAGCUUGCGAAAAAAAAAUCAUCUCUCAUUAGUUUAAAGCAAUCCUGGAUCAAUAAUAAUAAACAGAUUGUCAAAAGAUGAAGAUUCAUAAAAGUCAAUGAGCGAUUUAAUUUGAACAGUCUACUCAUGCACAUUAAAUUUCUUUAUCAUUAUGUUACGUCUAUAUUAAAAAUUCAGGUUACUUGAUUUUCUUUAAACUUUUUCUUAUAUUGACUAUUUAACUGACUUUGUAGAUGAAAUAAAGGAUGAUGAUGCCAUGGGAGGUGUAGGUAUGGAAUUAAGUUAA